CAUGGCAGCAGGUCGGAUGGAUGCACUGACAACCAGCUUUUUACUGCUUCUACCAAGUUUUGCAAGCUUCUUUGACAGUAAAGUAACUCUUUUAAAAACGGUCAGAAAAGAACCAGAUUCCACUCCAAUCUACACCAAUGAAUCAUCAAAUAUCAUCAUCAUUAUAGCGUGUCAGAUCAGAACAGAGAGAAACAAAGGAGAGGAGUGCCGUCUGCUGUACAGGGAUGGAGGCGACUUUGUUCAUCAGUGUGACUCCAGGUUCACCCUUAAAACAUUGAAUCACACUGUGUUUCUGCACCUGACCAGUUUAACUGCGGCUGACAGUGGGAACUACACCUGUGAGUGUGCAAAACUUGAUGGGAUAUUUAUUCUUCAUCUCAACAUCAUAGUUAAAGAUAAUGGAGAAGAUGAGAAUGAGAGAUGCUUUUCAGAAGUGACCCUUCCUUCUGCUUUGACUGCUGCUGCUCUCUUAUUUACUAUAGUUUUAAUUAUUGUGGGAUUUGUUCACAGAAGACAUCUACCCUGCACCCGUUUAAAAUCUGAAGCAUCUGCAUCAUCUGUACAAGGAUCUGUUGCCCCUAAAGGUGAAGAAAACUCAAAUGAAAUGUACAGAAGUCUUCAGCAGCCAACAACAGAUCUCUACCAAACAGUUUCCUCUGGUCACCAUCAACAGGAAACAGAAAGAACCACAGUCAGCAACAGAGUAAAUGUGAACCUGAAAAAUCUGGAAAUGAGAAGAAACAACGAAAUCUAUGAAAACCUUUGAACCACAACUGUCAAGAUGAGAACUGUUUGAUAAACAUCAGGCUAAAUCAUUUUGAUAUCCCUUAUUGAGCAAGAUCAAGCCUUCUUCAAAUGAGUUUGAUGGUAGCAUUUUUAUGUUUGUUUUUGUUUUGAGAGAAUCUUAUCAUUAAAUACAACACGUUUUGGACCAUCAAUAAAAUGCCUUUUUACUGCUGCUGCAGUAUCUUUGCAAAGCUGCUAGUUAAAGAUGACUGUACAAAGACAUUUCCUGUAGAGAUCGGCCACAUUAUAAGACCAGUGUGUUGCAACUAUAUUCAUGACUAAAAUCCCAUGUCAACUUCCUAAACUAAAAUUUCCUCACAUUUUUAAGAAGCUUUUAAUAACAAUGGCUAGUGUGUUGCAUAAAUACUCUGCUAGAUAGGCUUUAGAAAAGGACUUCUCAGUUUAAGCUAGAUGUUAUUUGUGAAAAUUGACGUCCUAGUAGGGAAUUAUCAGUGCAACUCAAUGGACAUGUUAUAGCAUUAUGAAUGCAAAAAGUGCCUUUUUUCAAACAUUUACUAUGUCAGAUUACAUUACUGUGAUGCUGUAAUGCUUUAGCAGGUGAUCGAUGGACACCACACAUAAAAACGUCAAAAUGUCUGGUUUUGAGCAGCUCAAACUAUAUCGUAACCACAACAGACAUAAAUAAACCUGUUUAUGGGGACAUCUUUUCAGCUUUCACUUUUUUGUUGUGUUGUUUAAAUAGAUGGCAUCAUCUUUUCUAUACAAACUAAAAAUGUUUUACAUGAUUUUCCUUUUGUACAUAAUUUGUAUAUUUCUUUGGAAAACUUCUACUACUCUAUAAUUGUUUUUUGUUUUGUUUUUUGAUACAUAAAACUUUCCAGAAAGCCAUAUCUAAUGUUAUCUUGAGUUGAAGGACCUGUCCUCUUUCCAUCAGAGUUUGAACUAACUUUGUGUAUCCCAACUUCUUGGCUCUUCUCAUGGCUAAUUGUAAUCUGAUUAAACAUUCAUUAUUACUGUAAAACACAAAAAAAGUGACAUACUGCUGGAAACAAUACAUUUUGUGGUUAAAAAUGCUGUUUUUAUUGUAUUUUGCUUUUUCUACUUAUAAACAUGGUUCUGUUUGAGACAUAUUAGGGAGCGGCAAGUGACAUCAUUUUCAUCAGCCUGCAGGAUGAUGAUUUCUUCUCCUACCAGACUAUAUUCAGUGUUCUUUAUAUUUAAGACCACAAAGCAAA